UAGAGCGCGCUGCAGGGGAGCGGGGUGUUGGGGGCGCUGCAGAGGGCGCGGGGCCCCCCCGGAGGGCACGGCCGGAAGCCGGGGCGGGGCCCCCGCGCGGGAUGCAGUGAAGGGCAGACGGCGCGGCGGCGGCUAUGAGUGCCUCUGCGGCCACCGGGGUGUUCGUGCUGUCCCUGUCGGCCAUCCCGGUCACCUACGUCUUCAACCUGCUGGCGGCCCAGCACGAUUCCUGGACAAUUGUAGGAGCUGCUGCCCUCAUCCUGCUCCUGGUGGCCCUGGCGGCUCGUGUUCUCGUCAAGAGAAAACCACCCCGGGACCCACUGUUCUACGUGUAUGCGGUUUUUGGAUUUACCAGCGUGGUGAACCUCAUCAUAGGACUGGAACAGGAUGGAAUCAUUGACGGGUUCAUGACACACUACUUGAGAGAGGGUGAGCCGUAUCUGAACACUGCCCAUGGGCACAUGAUCUGCUACUGGGAUGGCUCUGCUCAUUACCUGAUGUACUUAGUGAUGGUGGCAGCCAUUGCAUGGGAGGAAAGUUACAGAACCAUUGGCCUGUAUUGGGUUGGAUCUAUUAUUAUGAGCAUUGUUGUUUUUGUGCCAGGAAACAUUGUAGGGAAGUAUGGAGCGCGCAUUUGUCCUGCCUUUUUCCUAAGCGUACCUUAUACUUGUCUUCCGGUCUGGGCUGGUUUCAGAAUCUAUAAUCAGUCUUCAGAAAGUUACAAUUAUCCCUCAAAGGUUGUUCAAGAAGUCCAGGCGAAGGCCCUGCUGAGAAGGCCCUGUGAUUUAACACUGGUCCUGUGUCUUCUCCUGGCAACUGGAUUUUGCCUGUUUAGAGGCUUGAUUGCUCUGGAUUGCCCAGCUGAGCUCUGCCGAUUUUAUACACAAUUUCAAGAGCCCUACUUAAAGGAUCCUGCUGCUUAUCCUAAAAUCCAGAUGCUGGCGUAUCUGUUCUAUUCUGUCCCUUACUAUGUGGUUGCACUUUAUGGCUUGGUGGUUCCUGGGUGCUCCUGGAUGCCUGACCUAACACUGAUGCACGCUGGAGGUGUAGCUCAGGCUCAGUUUUCUCACAUCGGUGCUUCUCUUCAUGCUAGAACUGCUUAUGUCUACAGAGUCCCUGAAGAAGCCAAAGUCCUUUUUUUAGCAUUAAACAUAGCAUAUGGAGUUUUUCCUCAGCUCCUGGCCUAUCGCUGUAUCUACAAACCAGAGUUCUUCAUAAAAACAAAGGCAGAUGAAAAAGUUGAAUAAAAACGUUAUUCGAUGUUC